UUCAGUGUUGUUCAACGGUCCGUUGAGCGUCAGGAAGAAGCGGGCUCUUUACUGAGAGAAAUGGCUUGAAUGGCCGGCGAGUAAGACACAUUUUCACGUUUCAUCGGGUGAAUGUUUUAACUUUGGAGGUCUUAAAUCCUAACGAAUUGCCUUUACCAAGUAAGGAACUAUGGCAAACGUGAAAGUCGCCAUUCGAGUUCGCCCUCUCAACGCAAGGGAAAGCGUGGCUGGAGGGAGGCUAGCUGUCCAGGUAGAGGACAAGUUGGUGAGGAUAAAGAAUACCAAGCUGGAUGGACGUCACGACGGCCCUGGGGAAUCCAGGGAGAAGGUGCUGGAGUUUGGUUUUGACUACUGCUACUGGUCUGUUGCCCCAGAGGAACCACACUACGCCUCACAGGAAGAGGUGUUCCAGGACCUGGGAGUGAUGGUGCUGGCUGGGGCGUCAGAGGGCUACAACGUCUGUCUGUUUGCCUACGGGCAGACUGGCACUGGCAAGACCUACACCAUGAUGGGCACACUGGACUCCAUGGGCCUGACCCCCAGGAUUUGUCAGGGCCUGUUCAAAUCUGAUGACACAUUCCCCGAAGGACACAACUCAAGCAGGGUUGAGAUCAGUUUCCUGGAGAUCUACAAUGAGCGUGUUCGUGACCUGCUGCGAGGCAGAGAGCAGCAGAAGAAACCCUCCCUACGGGUUAGGGAGCAUCCUGAGAAAGGACCCUAUGUACAAGACCUGUCCCAGCAUGUGGUGUCUGACUACAAGCAGGCGGUGGACCUAUUGGAGGAGGGCAUUGCCAACCGCAUCACCGCGGCAACACACAUCCACGACGCUAGCAGCAGAUCCCAUGCCAUCUUCACCAUCCAGUACACCCAGUCUAUUAUGGAGGACAACUUUCCCUCAGAGAUUGUAAGCAAGAUCAACCUGGUAGACCUGGCUGGCAGGUGAGUUUGUUAAAGAGGUCGCCAUGCUUAUUCAGAAUCAGAAUCAUCUUUAUUCACCAAGUACGUACUCAGAAUAUUACUUGGUGAUUUGGUGCUGCUAGUGAUAGACAACAUUUAGAGACGGAUAUCAGCCUUGUCAUUCCAGAAGGUCUUUGUAUGCAUGACCAAGCUGCCCCCUAGUGGAUCUCUUCUGCCACGACUGUGUGUUCACUGAGCCGGCACUUUCAUUUUAUCACAACACAGCUUUUCAGUAGAUACCAUUUCCAUCACAGGAGGUUGGUGGCACCUUAAUUGGGGAGGACGGGCUUGUGGUAAUGAGUGGAGUGGAAUUAGUGGAACAGUAUCAACAUCCUACUCAUGGUUUCCAUGGUUUCCUUGUGUUUGAUGCGAUUCCAUUUGCUCCAUUCCAGCCAUAUUAUGAGCCGUCCUCCCCUUUGCAGCCUCCACUGAUUUCCAGUGUUGCGUUUCUCUUUAGACAAUGUAAUCUCCAGUGUGUGUUGUGUUUUACUGCUCUGAAAGUGAGAGAGCAGACCCCCACUACUGCAGAGACAGACUCACUGAGGGAUCCAACAUCAACAAGUCCCUGGUGACACUGGGUAUCGUCAUCUCUGUUCUGGGUAAAUAAA